AUGGCGUUUAGCCGCUCGCCCACGCUGGACCUCCACACGCACGGCUUGUCUCGGCGCGCUUGGGUCGUCCUGGUCUGGCUCCUCAGCUCUCUCCUCCUGCUGCACUGUCUCACGGAGCGCGUCAGCAUCACUCCAACCGCGUCCAGUUCUUACCCAAGGCUUUCAUCAAAUAACAGGACGAAAGAUAUCGGAGGCACCGGUCAUUCUGAGAUGGGGAGAUUCGGAGAUGGAGGAACGUCAGCCAGAGAAGUGUCGCCAAGGUUACAACUCCGCGCGCUUGGGGAGGGGAGUAAGAAGCUGCCCCAUGCGCUCAUCGUCGGGGUGAAGAAAGGAGGGACCCGGGCUCUGCUGGAGUUUCUACGCGUUCACCCGGACGUCAGAGCCGUGGGGUCCGAGCCACACUUCUUUGACCGUAACUACGACAAGGGGCUGGAGUGGUACAGGUGA